GAGGAAGAAGAAGAUCACCUAGAUGACCGACUGGAGGAGCCGUCAGUUCGCCAUACGCCACAAAAAAACAACAAAAACAAAAAUGGAGAGCAAAUGGGACGAGAUCUACAACCUUGUGUCUGAAGGUUCCUAUCCACCUACAAGUACCAGAGGGCAAAGGCAAACGCUGAGAAAAUUUGCCUCUAAAUUCACCAUCCAUGCUGGACACCUAUUCUUUGGAGCCUCACCUCACAGACGGGCCAUAAAGUCUAGAGAGGAGGCCUGGAGCCUUUUCAAGGAGUUUCAUGCUUCACCCACAGGAAAACACACUGGUAUUGUGAAAACCCGCAUUUCCAUGUGCUCUCGAUUUUUUUGGCCUGGUAUGACAUCAGACAUACAGAAAUGGGUGUCUGAAUGUGAGCAGUGCCAGAGAUUCGGGCCUCCAAUGGAGGUCUUUCAGACGCUGGAUUGCACCAAGAUGCACGUCUCAAUCUUUGAUCUUAACACAAAGAUUGCUUUGGAAGAAUGCAACACAUGCUGUAAUAAACUUUUCCACUGCCCCAUUUGCCCCAACUUCGAACCCACUGUGAAGGAAAGGAUCGAGAAACACAUGAGCCACCAUAUUAGUCAUGGUUUACCUUAUAAAGACAAAAUUUUACUCCGAUGCAGCCUUCAGUGUAGACCACAGGGACAUUUCCACUGUCCGCUUUGUUCUCGGACAGUUAUGCGCCGUUUGGACAUGAAGAAGCAUUUGCUGAUAUGUCAGGGGGUUAUUGAAGGAGAACCAAUCCCAGAGUCAUGCCUGGAACCCGCCUCACCUCCAAAGGACCCGCUCAUUGAGCUACUUUCUUCACCCUCUUUGAGGCCUCUCCUAGAAGCCGCCCCCCCUUCCAAGAAGCCUCACCUUCACGAUGCCCCACCCUCCAAGAAGACAGUCCCAUCGGAGCCUGAGCUCUCAGUGAAGCCUGUUCUGACAGAAGCCUCACCAGAUUCAGCUUUUGAUCCGCAGCCCUCUACGUCUAAAGAAGAACAUUCCUAUUCUCAAUCCUCUUCUCCUGAUGUAACCAUGGCUUAUGGGAAUGCAAUGAAAUGCCCGCACUGUAAUAAUAAUAUUUACUUAUUCAUGUUUAACAAACCUCCCUCUUUUAAAGUCAAUAACUGAAAAUGACUCAGUUGAUGUUAAUAGUAAAAAAUCAAAGGAGGGAUCAUAAACGUCUUCCUUAUUGUUGUGCCACAGGUUGGCUUGUAAUGUGCAGGGUCUUUGUUUGACCCACUAUGGGUUUAUAAUUUUU